AUGUCUGAUUUUCCCAUGAGAAAAAAGUCACCCACAGGAAAUGAUGUGAAGAGCACCACUCGGGGGACCACACCGAGGCAGCAGGGUUUUCACGAGAUGAACAAAAGAAGGACUUUCUUACAGGACAGCAGCUGGAUAAAGAAACGUCUAGAAGAAGAAAAAGAUGAAAACUAUGGCAGGGUGGUGCUCAACCGACACAACUCCCAUGAUGCCUUGGACAGGAAAAUAAAUGAGAGAGAUGGGCCAAAAGCCACAAUUAGUCGGUACAGAUCCGAUGACACUUUGGACAGGAUUUCAGACAGAGAUGAUGCUGCUAAAACAUAUAAGGCCAAUACCUUGGAUAACCAACUAACCAAUAGGCCACAUGGUGGUUUACUGAGUGCAAGCAGGACCUACACCUCAUCUUCUACCCCCGCUACUACUCCUGUGAAGAAAAAGAGACAGUCCUGGUUUCCGCCACCCCCUCCUGGUUAUAGUGCCACCCCAAGCAUAGAAGCCAACAAAAGGGACCCAACUGUUCACCCUCCAAUACCUCCAAAGCCCAGAUCUCCUGUUCCUUCUCCUAACCAGCUGAGACCAGACAAUAGGCAGAUAUGUCCACCUAAGCCAGGUGUAUAUACGGAAACCAGCAGAUCUGUUGAAAGAAAUAUAAGGAGUCAGGAUCGUGAUAACAUCGUCAAGGUGGCCACAUCAAUGGGGAAAACUGACAAAGGUGAAGAAUUGGAUAAUAUCAUCAAAAUGAACAAAAGCUUGAACAGGAAUCAAGGUCUUGAUGGUCUCUUCAAAGCAAACCCAAAGGCUGAGCAAACAGAGAAAAGAGCCAAAAGUCUUGAGAGUCUCAUCUAUGUGAAUACUUUGACGGACAAAGGUGGCAAAGGAAACCAAGGCUUGGGAAGUAUUAAUAAAGUUAAUCAAAGGACUGACAAAUAUGAGAAAGUAAGCCGAGAUCUUCAAUCUAUUAUCAAAUCAAAUGCCAAGACAGAGAAAACCAGCAAAGGAGAUGAAGAUUUCGAGAAUAUAAUCAAAGUCAGUCCCAAAGGAAAGGAAAAUGUAUCUGGAAAACAAGACUUCAAUGGGCUUAUUAAAGUGAAUCCUGAAACAAAUAAAAACAUCAAGAGGGGCCAGAGUCUUGAAAAUCUGAUCAAAGUGACCCCCGAAGCAAACAGAAGGAACCAAAGUUCCAAAGACCUUAAUAACCUCGUCAGAGUAAGUCUAUCAACAGGAAGAAGCAUGCAAGGGGGCCAAAGUCUUGACAACCUCAUCAAAGUGGCUACUGAAACAAACAGGAUCAAACCAGGGAACCAAGAUCUGGACAAUCUUAUCAAAGUGACCCCCUCAGCAAACAAAAGUCAACAAGGUCUUGAUGAACUUAUUAAUGUAAACCCCAAAGCUGUCCAAAGCAUCUCUGGAAAUCAAGAUCUUGAUAAGCUCAUCAAAGUGAAUCCCGAAAUUCUCACAAACAACCAAAGAAACCAAGAUCUGGAUAACUUCAUCAAAGUGAAUCCUGUAGUAAUCAGAAACAAUCAGAGCCAAGACCUGGAUCAUCUUAUUAAUGUGAAACCUUCAGCUCUGGAGAACUCUAGUCGAGACCAGGACCAAGAAAAUUUAAUUGAAGAAAAUUCUCAUGUGUCUGAAAAAAAGAAUGGAAGUUCCAAUGCUGAGACCAGGCACACAAGACCAAAGGACACUGUUGUGUACACAAGGACCUACGUGGAAAACAGUAAAUCACCAAAAGAUGGAUAUCAGGAGAAUACUUCUGGAAAAUAUAUACAAACUGUUUAUUCAACUUCAGAUCGGUCAGUCAUCGAAAGAGAUAUGUGUACUUAUUGUCGCAAACCCUUGGGUUUACAAACGAAAAUGAUUUUAGAUGAAUUACAGAUUUGCUGCCAUUCCACUUGCUUUAAGUGUGAAAUAUGCAAACAGCCUUUGGAAAAUCUACAAGCAGGUGACAGUAUUUGGAUUUAUAGACAGACAAUACACUGUGAACCUUGCUACUCCAAGGUCCUGGCCUCUUUUUUCUCACCAUUUUGUUUCUUCACCACCAAAGGCUACAUCUACGGGUCUAGUUUUUGGUUCUGGGACAAUGUUCCCCAGUCUUUCGAUUUUCUACAGGUUUCACCACACCCCACCCCUGGGUCUGCGAUCUGCAUAGUGCGCUUUCGGCUGCAGGGAGGAAGUGCCGGUGGCGGGAAAGUUCAGGUCAAGUCCAAUCAGGCACCUGGGAACCGCUCCUCCACCCCCGGUCCCGCCCCCCGGCGCCCGCGCCCCGCCUCGGGGCCGCGGCUAAAACCCGGAGCCGCCGCGGCGCCCAAGGGACUGGAAGGACGCACUGAGCAUGUGCAGAAUAGCUCGGCGGCGGCAGCCUCGGCCCGAGUCAGGGCCCUGGUGCUGAUGCGAACUGCCGGGUGGUUCUCAGUCCCAGCGUGCUCGGCUCCCCGGAUUGGGGCAGCGGCACAGGAACCCUAG